AUGGAAGAAAUGCAAUGUCAGACAAGUUUUGACACUGAUGUUGAAAUAGACAUCAAAGUAACUGUGAUUGAUGGUGAUGACAGGAGAGAUGGGGACUUGAUGUGUCUAAAUAUCAAAAUGUUCCUAUAUUCCCCUAAGCGUCAGUGCUUACGUGAGAGUGAGAGAGAAGCAAAGGAGGACACCCCAGCCAUCACCGGCGUGCGUUCACGACUGCAACAGCUGUCUCACCAGAGAGAAGAAUGGUCCGACACUGCCGAUACAGCAAGCCCGGUACCUGUGCCGAGGAAAAGUCUAAGCAACUGCCUGGAUGAUGAGAACACCCCAAGCCAGCAACCUCCACCAUCACGCCGCGGUCGACUGGCUGCUCUGGCACAGAACAUCAACAACUGGGAGGACGAUCUCAGUCAACCAAAGAUACAAAAAGAAGAAGAGAAGAAACCAAGAUGGCAGCCCCCAAGGGCACCAUCAGAAGAUAGAAGCAAGUCCCAUGCCGCUCCAUGUCCCCCUACUGGGGUACAGAACUCCCCCAAGAAGUACCGUGCACCCCCGCCCCCCACCACUGUCCAGCCCGAGGUUGCCAAGGUAUCCCCUGUGAAGCAGCUUCGCCAUGCCCCAGCCUCACCGGUCAAGUCCAAGCUGACCUUCGGUAACCUGUCCGGCAGUAGUAUAUCCACACAGUCCCCAUCAAGAAGGGUUGAGCAGAAACUGUCCUCACCUCUCACCCCACAGGUACGGGUCCCGCCGAAACACGAUGACAGAUGCCUCCCUGCACAGAUCCCGGUUAAUGUCCGAGGACUGAAUGAAUCUGAUGGGGAAAGGACCGACGAAGAACCAACUACCAAACCGGUAUCGGAGAGGUUCAACUCCUGGGCCAAGAAAACCACUUGUGAGACACCGAAAGCCAGCAAGCCUGUAGACCCAACUCAGACACCUGUGUCGGCUAGAAUGGCUAACUGGGAAAAGAAGGUAAAUCAGACACCAGCUGCCACUCCCACAGUCACAAAAGUUUUACACACUCCUAGACAAAUGUGUACCCCAGCCAAGCCCCAAAAUGCUCCAAAUACAGCAGAUAGUAAGGUCAUUAACACCCCUCGGCAGAUGGGUACCCCAGCUCGGUCCCAGAAUGCACCAGCUCGACCUAUAAGUACCCCAUCAAUGGCAGCUGUUGCUAAGAGUUCCCAGCCAACACCAAAGGCGGAGAGACCAGUGAGCAUGGUAUCUGCGGGUUCUGACGAUCCAACUUCCCGUUCGGUAUCGGAGAGGAUGGCUAAAUGGCAAGAACAGACCAAGCCUCCGCCUGUGGAGGAGGAGCCAACAGCAUAUUCUGUCAAUGCUCGUAUGUCGGCAUGGGAACACAUGUCAUCGUCGAACCAGGUGAGCUACAUCAAGAAGGUGAAGCCAGGUGAACAGCCAGCAUCUCCCCAGAGCUCCCCAACCAAACCCCCUCCCCCAGGGUCAGCAACCAAGAAGGGCGUGACCCCCAGCAAGGUUGUGAUGGAUGCAAUCAGUGAGCGUGCCCAGCAAAUAAUGGCCACGUCUCCUACUAAGUCGUUGAAGUCCUGUCCACUAUCGCCAAGCAGCGCCAGCGGGACGAUGAAGAGCGUCCACCAGCGUCUGAUGGAACAGACACACAACAGCAGCAAGAGCCAGGACAUCAUGGAGAAGCUGAGGACGGAACGGAUGGCGGAGCUGCAGUCCAUACAAAACAGGUGGAAGAACGGCAUACUGAAGGAAGACGACCCAUCUGAUCAGCCAGCAUCCCAGGCCUGCGCUAGUGCCACCACUCCCUCAGUGACAAAAGAAGAGAAGCGAGAAGCUAUCCGAGCCAAAGCAAGGGCUGAGUUUGACGACAAGCUAGCUGCCAUGGGCUUUGACCUUUCAGAUGAAGGUCAGAACAUGGCUUCCUUCAACUUCAAGAACGGCAACAACCAGCAGUCGUACAACCAGCAUGUUGCAGCUGAGAAACAUGGUUCUGCUGGACAGCCCCCAGCAGGAUGUAUCCCCCCUCCACCACCGCCACCUCCUCCAUCAGGGGCAGCACCCCCACGCAAGCCACCAUCAAAUCAUGGCUCUACUGCAUCCAAGCCACCAGUUCCUCCAAGUUCGGGACAACAGCAGCCAGGGAAAGGCACCAGCAUCUACAGAAUCAUCUCCCAGAAAGGCAACGCUCCUGCACCUAGACCUUCACAGCAACCUGCUUUUGGCAAUGCUGUGCACAGACAGGCUUCCAUCAACAGCCGCAAGGUACAGUUUGACGACAGCUUUGACAGCACGGAUGAGAGCGAAGAUGUGAGAACAUCACAAGAUGAGGACACUGAAUCUCAGACGGACAUUACAGCUCCAGAAUCUGACUCGGAACCAGAGACGGAAGAUGUAUCAGAGUCUGAGGUGGAGGAAGUUGUGAUGAGAAGGAAACCUGCCCAUCAGAACAGACCACGGCCUCCAGUGUAUGAAGAGGAUGAUGUUAGUCUCAGUGCAUUUGUGCCUGACUCUGUACGCAGACAGAGUGUCCUACCAGCCGGGCCGGAGGAUCACAGACAGAGCUUCACCAGCGAGACAAGCUUGGAUAGUUUCGAGGAGCCCCAUCAUCCAGCACCCAGGAACACGUACCGCAGCACUUCGAACCUGAGACAGAUGGCACAGGACAGUUCUAGCAGUCUGGCCAGUAGUGUAGAGAGCAACAGGGACGAUAUUGAUGACCUCCUCGAUGAAGCAAUGGAUUCGGAUGAAAGCGAAACUCCAGUUCCUGCCCCGCGGCGCCAUCACCGCCAGACCAAUGAGGGAACAGAUAGAAGUCUUAUAUACAGUGUCAGUGCCUACAGGUCAAGCAGGCAUCUUCAAGCUCCUCCACCAGCCAAGAUGAUAAUAUCUCGUCACAGCAAGUACGUGGACAGUGAGGUUCAUGAGGAGGAUGUGCCCAUGCCUCAUCACCCGCCUCCCCAGGAACAGAGGAAAUCGGUGCAGGAGCGGAUACAGGAGCUUCAAGAGCUGGUUCAACAAGAGCAGAGUGUUAUCAUGCAGACCAGCAACGCACUCAACCAGUGCUGCAGCAAGGACUCGUACUUCGCCGGCUCCCCAGAACAAGUGGAGUGUAACCGGGUCCUGCUUGUGGCUUGUCAGAAACGCCAGUCCUACAUGUUGGAGAUCCAGAGACUGAAGAACACAGGCAACCUUGACAAGACUGGCCCCGGACCCAAGGGCUCUCUCACUAUAAAUGACAUCCGCCUUCCUCUCAAGAAAGAGUUUGUGACAAAGAUUGGAACAUCACAAGAUAACACAACGUACUACUUCAUCAUCCUGAUCCGCAAGGACACACAAGUGAUCUGCACACAGAUGCUCUCUACUCACGAGCCUAUGAUGCGCGGCAGCCUCGACUUCCCCAACCUCAUCAAGAUCAACGGCAUCACCGGUGACUUCCGACUGGACCUGGAGAUCUAUGGCAUGUCCAUUUCCAAGGAAAUACUUACUAAGGAUAAGAAGAAGCCGAAGACACCCAAGAAGUCAAAAUAUCCAAUGACAUUACAAAGUCCGGGUGGCCCAGCUGCCGUGAGGACCACCAGCUUCAGUCACAUCACCACAGUACCCAUCACCAUGAAGUCAUUAGACAAGACCUGCUUCAAUCUGGAGAGGCUUCCCUACCUGUCCCCACUUCACGGCAGCAUCUACCUCCGACUCAAAUGUCUCAUGGAGGCCAAUGUGGAGGAGAGAGGCUUCCUGACAAUGUUUGAAGAUGUGAGUGGCCUUGGAGCAUGGCAUCGGCGGUGGGUGGCUCUGGCUCGUAAUAAACUGUGUUACUGGAAGUACCCUGACGAUGAGAAUCGCAAGGACCCUAUGGGUAUGAUUGACCUGAAGCGAUGCAUCACAGAAAAGGUUGGUCUGAUCCCACGGGAUAUCUGUGCACGACCUAACACAUUUGAACUGAUGACAGUUCGCCAGCCUCGUCAAGGAGAAAGAGAUACCCUCGUCAGUCGGACAUACAACACCAUGACAACAAUCAAACACAUGCUCUCAGCAGACACAAAAGAGGAGAGAAUCGUCUGGUGCAACAAGGUCAACCGAGCUCUUGCCAACAUCUGCACAUGGCACUCAGAUGCCCUUCCCCCCAGUGAAAAUACCCAGCAAAAGCUAACUGUGAUAGCAGACAUUUAACUUGCCAGAAUGUGUCAGUGUGCGUGUGAGAGAGUUAUCUCCCUGGAGGACAUCAGGAAGAGGCGAUUGAUCUGUGGAAAUGUCUGUCAGCAGACAUUAUGAGACUGAUCCCGACAGCCAGCUGUGUAUUGUGAUUGUGUGGUUAGGGACGAACUGAGGUGCUGCAUGCUGGCUUGUUCUGCAACUGUGAACCUAACAAACAUUAAUGAAAUUCAACGUAUCAACUGUUCGAUCAAAUCUUCACUCUCUACACAAAUACAAACUUAACAUAAGAUUGGUUGAAACAUAAUUGCUUGUGCCAAAUAUUAAGACCAGUACAAAACAGAACAAUACGUUUUUAACUAACAAAACAAUGUAGUCAUGCAGAGAAUUAAUUAAAAUUAAAUUCUAUGACAUAAUCCAUAAACGUAACUAUUAUUACCUCCAUAUUUUCAUUGCAUAAUUUGCCUACAAUGAAAGACAUGUAAAAAUUUGUUGUCAACGUAACUAUUCAUAUAUAUUGUAAUUAUUAUCAUGUAUUUAUGUUUUAAAGUACCAAUAGUCAGUAUAGUACACAUGUAUUCAUUCUGUCUUAGAGUCCCUACUCGUCUUGUCUUUCUGCUCAGUCAAGCCUCUGGGCAUCUUCGUCUUUCCACUCCUGUCUAGGGUUGUAACCAGACACUUGCUGCAAGUCAACACACAUCUUUACAGCCAUACAAUACACAAAAUCUUGACACCUAAACGAGAUUGGAUCAUCGCAAACAAAACAUAUGAAAAGCUUGCGUCAUUGAAACUACAAACAUUGGACGAUGCAAAGCAACAUGAAAUAUGUUUAAUUUUAUAGCAAGCCCUGUUGAUGCAUGUCUAGGGGAUGUGAUGCUUGUUUUGUGGAAGAUGAUGUUGAAGCUCUGGUGAAUGGUUCCAGCCCUGUUCUUGUUCUUGUCUGUGAGUUGGUCAGUAUUUGUGAUAUAGCAAAGAGCAUCAAACAACGUGACCUCAAUCAAGAUAUGUGUAUUCAAGUAUUUACAUAUCUCUGUUUGAUAUUGGUGAUAGUAAAACCAGACUAUAUUGUGUUGGACACUGUUAGAAACAAGUGAACACUGUAAUGUUAGAAUCAGCUGGUCUGUAGGUCAAAGGUUAAAGGAGGUUUUAAGACGUGGACCAGAAUUUGUACAGUUCUGUAGUGUUGUGAUUUCAGAUUAGACCAUGAACACUUGAAACAGUAGCCGAUCAUAUGUUAUACUGUACUUGGAUAUAAACUGUUAUGUCUUUACGUUAUCUGUUAAAUAGGGUUCCUGAUGAUAAGUAGAAUAUUCCUCCUGUCUUGUCAAAUACUAAAUAUUUAAAUAAAGUAUUGCUAGAGAAGAACGUUUUUUAUUGAUAAGGUACACUGUGUUUAAUGAGACGGCAAGAAUAUACUCACAUUUCGUACAUUUAAUAGUGCUGCUUAAACAUAAAUAUACCAUGUGCAAUUUUUAGUUAUUUAAUGUUAACAUGUAUCAUGAUAUUGUGGAUAUGGAAUAAAUUCAUACAAAACAU